AUGCCUAGCGGCGGGGAGGGAAGGGAUAGGCAAAAGGGAAGAAGAGCGGGCUGUGAUACCCCCUCGACGCCCUGAAACACUGCUCCCCGCGCUCCAGAGCCGGGGGCCCACCCGACGGCAGCAAGCUCCAAGAUGAGCGCGUGCAGUAACUAUCAACAUGGAUACCUCGCAGAGCCUGACACUAGCUUCUGGAUAAAAUGCAGGCGAUGGCUGCUGGCGGAUGCCGGCAGACACACUCAAAGGCCCUCUUGGACUUUCUGAGCUGCCCAUUCUCCUCUACUGGAGGCUGAGGCGGGCAGGCCCAGCGACGUCUCCCAGCCCCAACUGAGUUCCGACCUCAAGCCAAAAGUGAGGAGGCCGGCAGGACAGCUUUUCUCGCCCAAAGAUGCGGGGUGGGAGCCGGAUCCAGCUGAAAAAUCUGAGUGA